AUGUGUUACUGGUGUUUCCGAUGGGGACAAAUAGAGAAUGUGCAGUCCUGGGUGGCCUUCAGAACAGGAUUGAAUAGUGAUGUCCUGACCAAAGCUGUCCCUCUUCUGCUGACUGGAAGAAGCUGUCCCUCUUCUGCUGACUGGAAGAAGCUGUCCCUCUUCUGCUGUCUGGAAGAAGCUGUCCCUCUUCUGCUGUCUGGAAGAAGCUGUCCCUCUUCUGCUGUCUGGAAGAAGCUGUCCCUCUUCUGCUGUCUGGAAGAAGCUGUCCCUCUUCUGCUGUCUGGAAGAAGCUGUCCCUCUUCUGCUGUCUGGAAGAAGCUGUCCCUCUUCUGCUGUCUGGAAGAAGCUGUCCCUCUUCUGCUGUCUGGAAGAAGCUGUCCCUCUUCUGCUGUCUGGAAGAAGCUGUCCCUCUUCUGCUGUCUGGAAAACCGCAGGCCACAUUUUUGCUGUCUGGAAGAAGCUGUUCCCAUUUUUUGCUGUCUGGAAGAAGCUGUCCCUGUUGUGCUGUCUGGAAAACUGGCCACAUUUCUGCUGUCUGGAAGAAGCAGUCCUCCUUGCUGUCUGGAAGAAGCUGUCCCUCUUCUGCUGUCUGGAAGAAGCUCUCCCCUUUUUUUUCCAGUCUGGAAAACUGCAGCCCCUUUAGAGUUGUCAGGGCAAAGCAGGCCACAUUUUUGCUUUCUGGAAAGCCUUUCUCCCCCCUCUUCUACACCACAACCCCAGAAGAAAGAUUGCAUCCUUUGCAGACCCUGAUGUUCUAAAAUUCCUUGGGUUUACUGAAGAUGGACGACGGACCAAAAAAAACACUGCCCCCCAACAGUUUGAAGGACCAUGGUGGGGUAAGGGUUAUGUGAGCUAAGACGCUGUCUGGGAUGGAAGGUUUGAUUACAGAGAUUUGGGUGACGUUUUUAUGUAUUGUUGGCUACAGGUGGAAGAGCAAGCAGGGAGUCGAUGACCAUAUCAGUGGUGGCGUUGUGUGGGACUUCAAUGAUAGAUCUAAUGAGGUGGUUUUCAACAUGAACGGUGCUGACUCCAGUUUGUUUUAAUGGUGUACCAUAGGUGUAGUGGGUUAUGCAUUGGGACUUGUAAAAUGUUUUGCAUUUCGUGCAGAGAACUUUUGACGUAGAUAGUGGCAUGUCUGGGAUGUUGUGUUUUUGUGGGCAAAUGUGCAAAAUGUCUAUACUUGUGCCAACUAUGUCUGCAGUGAGGUUCUGGAAAGUGGUGUGAUCUACUAGAGAGGUUUCUUCAGUACAUUCAAUAGGGGUUAUUUCAGAGUCUUUGGUGGUGGAAAUGAAAGUGUCAUCUUGAAAAUGGCGAACAGAAACAUUUGAAAAUCUAUACCAGUCACCUAAAGUAGUGUUGACAUCGUCAUGUUCCCACACGGUCAAGUCAAUCGAUGCAGUUUGGUCUGCAACGGUGUAUGUGGCAUUGAGCAGAGAGGUUCUGUCCCGAACAAAGUUGUGCCCUUGACUCUUUUGUAGUACUACCUUUUGCCCUGACAUUAACCUGCAUUUAAUGGUGUUCAUUUCAGAUUCAUUCAAUAGGCAUGCAUUUGAACUUUGUGCUUACUUUCUGGUAUGAAGUGGUAAUUUUCAGUAUUUCAGUUACUGGCAGGUCUGUUUCUUUGGAUGAAAUGUGUGGAUUAUACGUAUAGUCAAGGUGGCUUAAGCAGGACAUGGUUGACUUAUGGGUGAAGAAAACAUGUGCCCCUUCAGAAAGUAGUGAUGGCUGUAAGUAAACAUCAUGCAGAUGGACUAGAGUUCUGUUUUAAGAAAA